CGAGCUUCUAUCUGUCGGUAGCUUUCGAUGGAGAACAAGGAGCAACAGCUCUCCAUCUCCAUUCCUGUCAUCUCGGCUAGUCCUAGCGGAGAUGUCGAUCUAGAUCCUUGUAGCCUUUCUCCCAAGGUGUCGAUUCUCACUGGAUGGACUAGCGGAGAUGUCGAUCUAGAUCCUUGUAGCCUUUCUCCCAAGGUGUCGAUUCUCACUGGAUUCCAUGCCGGGUACUUCCGCAUUAGCCUGUCGCUGUGCGGCCAGGCUCUGCUGUGGAAGACCCUGAGCGAGCCGGGCACCGACGCCCGUGCGCUUCGGCACGUCGUCAGGAUGCUCCCCUCCGCCGCCUUCGUCCUCCUCUGGUCCGUAGCGCUCGCCUCGCUCGUCCUGCUCUGCGCCCUCUACGCCUGCCGUUGCCUCUUCAAGUUCCGGCACGUGCAGGCCGAGUUCUUGCACCACGUGGGCGUGAACUACCUCUUCGCGCCUUGGAUCUCGUGGCUGCUCCUCCUGCAGUCCGCUUUCUUCCUCCGACCCGGCAGCAGCGCGGCCUACGACGCGCUUUGGUGGGUGUUCUCGGUGCCCAUUGUGGUGCUGGACCUCAAGAUAUACGGCCAGUGGUUCACCAAAGGGAAGCGGUUCCUCUCGGCGGUGGCCAACCCCACGAGCCAGAUGACGGUGAUCGCGAACCUGGUCGGGGCGAGGGCGGCCGCGAAGAUGGGCCGGGAGGAGGUGGCGACGUGCAUGUUCGCGGUCGGGAUAGCGCACUACCUCGUGCUAUUCGUAACGCUGUACCAGAGGUUUGAAGGGAGCAACAGCCUGCCGGCGAUGCUCCGCCCGGUCUUCUUCCUAUUCAUCGCCGCGUCUAGCACGGCCAGCUUGGCUUGGAGUUCCAUAUCCGGCUCGUUCGAUACUGCAUCGAAGAUGCUGUUCUAUCUCUCGCUCUUCCUCCUCGCCUCCCUGGUCUCGAGGCCGGCGUUGUUCAGGCGAUCGAUGAGGCGGUUCAGCAUUACAUGGUGGGCGUACUCCUUCCCGCUGAGCAUGGUGGCGCUGGCGGCCACGGAAUACGCCCAGGAGGUGAAGGGAGCAGUGCCCAACGCGCUCAUGCUGCUGCUCGCCGUGCUCUCAGUGCUGGUGAUCGUCGUCUUGAUGGGCUUCACGGCUGUCAAGACCGGCGAUCUCUUGCCUCGUGGCGAUGACGACCCCUUCGUGCCCUCAAACCAAAUAGCACCCGCUGCCUGAGGCUUAUAUAUGACUCUAUACAUACCACUCCGUGGACAUGAAGGUGUUCGACGAUAUGAGCUUUCGAGCUCAUCAUUGUAUUUCACGUCCGAUUAACU